AUGAAAACGAUGGUGUUCGUAGUUUCUCACGCCUUCAAUAGACUCACUGCACUGUCACGGCGUGAUCCUGAAUGGUUCACAAACUUUCCAAGGAAAGGAGAAUUCUUCAAGAAUAUCGACAGAAUUCUUGCGGAUGAUCGGUGGGAAAUACAACAUCAAUGCAUCAAAUUUUUACAAGAAGCAAUGGCGACGUUUGGAUCGAAUCUCGAAUACUGUAUCUGCUAUGUGAUGCCAAAUCUGGUGCCAAAACUCGGAAGCUCAAAGAUUACUGUACGGAAAAUCUCUAUACAAGCUAUACAGACAUUUCUAAGACUGAAACCCGAUGCACUUGGAUCCGUUCUGAAAACUCUUUCUAACUUCCUGCUAACCUCGACAGAACGCACUACUAAGAGUGAAGUGGUGAAGGAAUUUCCAGUGAUGUACAUUCCUGAACUUGCACAGUGUGAUUGGUCUACCUUGCUGGACUCCCUCACGAAGCUCAUGGCAACUUCCGAAACAGAAUCUGCAGAAGGUGCUGCACUAGCAGCUAAGAAACUAGAGGUUAGAAAUAUGCAUCUUUCACUUGAAAGCGGCAUCAUUUCUCGAACUGAAAGGUUGUGA